CGUUAUUUUAAAUUGUCUCUUUGUCCUGUAGACAUCGGAGCUGGAAUCACUGCUGUGCAAGCAAGAGGGCGCAUCGAUCGCGCCAGCCCAAAUGGACCUAUUCGAUGGCGGUCCGUCUUCCAGAGAGGAUGCGUUCCGGCCCGCACUAUGGGAGGACAUAGCCUCUUCAAUAAGAAACAUCGAUCCAGAAAAUGCAAACAUGCUCGCACCGCUCGGAGCGACCCACGUGAAACUAGAAGCUGACGAUCCGAUGUUAGAGGAGUGCGCCACGCCACUCCUCAGUCCGCUAGAGAUUAAAACGGAAAGGCUAUGUGUACCUCCUACAUAUGCUUUUCCGCCUCAACCUCCGCAGCAUCAGGUGCAUGUCCAACCGCCGCCUUCGUUCGCCAAGUAUCCGCCAUCGAGACUUGUGUACAUGGCACCACUCACUCCCCCCGGCUCAGACCAAGGCAGUCCAGGAAAUAACAUGCAGGGAGGCACAAGACGGACGCCGCCGCCGCCCUACCAUCCUCCGCCGCUGCUGCGUGCUCCUCACGCACCUCACCCGUCGCACGCGCCACAUGGGACCCACGGGACCCAUGGAACCCACGGGACCCAUGGAAGCCACGCACCGCACACGUCACAUCUAACUGCCCAUCCUUCAGCGCACAGUCAUUUACAUCCACAGGCGAUGUCACAGAUGCAGAUGGCGCCACAGCAGUCUGCGCAGGCGCACAACCCUGCGCUAUCCCACUCACGCCUAGAUCCUCCGCCAAAUGUCAAGUACAAUCGGCGGAACAAUCCAGAAUUGGAAAAGAGACGAGUCCACCACUGCGACUUUAUUGGUUGCACAAAAGUUUACACGAAAAGUUCGCACCUGAAAGCUCACCAGCGUAUACAUACAGGUGAAAAACCGUAUACAUGUCAAUGGCCGAAUUGUGAAUGGAGAUUCGCCAGAUCCGACGAGCUAACUCGUCACUACCGCAAACACACCGGCGCUAAACCCUUCAAAUGCGCGGUGUGCGAUCGCUCCUUCGCCAGGUCUGACCACCUCGCACUUCACAUGAAGCGGCACCUGCCCAAGACGUCCAAAUGACACGCAAGGAGGGGCGGGGAUCAGCCGCCCGCGCCUCCACCAGCACAGGAGGCUAUCAAUGAAAACAUCUUUCUUGAGUGCGAUCUGGAUUCAAGUCUGAUAGACACCAUCUACGGUGUACCGUGACUCAGCACAAUUUGUAUCAGAACUGAAGGCCUGACAGUACGGGCUGACUCAAUUGGAUUAGAAGUACAAGAGCUAACUUGCUUCAAAAUAACUUUAUCUAGAUCUAAGCUUCGGUUAGAUUGCUUUCAAAGGAUGGCGUUACUUAUUUUACUGUCUCAAUAUAAAUUUAUUUAUUAAGAUAAAUGUGAUGAAAGAUUAUUUCUCACGUAAUACCAGUUAACCAAUGCGUAUAUUAAAUAUAAUUGUUUAAAAUCACAAUAGGUACAAUCUAUUACCAAGGAAAUCGCUUUACAAACAAAUAUAAUUAUUAUUAUAAAUUAUUAGUGCAGUCAUCU